AUGUUACCCGUUCCCCCAUCUCAUGAAAAAGGCACACCAAGCUGGUCAUCACUUAAACGCAAAUCAUGGCUUCAUCCAAAGUUUUUAAACUAUGCACGAGAAAAUGUUUAUGAUAGUCAUUUGCUGAAAACUAAGAAAGUAGCUGAACAUGAACCUAUGUUAUUGCCCAAUUGUCUUCCUUAUUCAUGUGUUCCACCAGUUAGAAUACUUAAAAUGGAAACCCAAAAUACUACUGAAUAUCAAUUUCCCCUUAUCUUGUAUAAUAAUGAAAUGUUAAAAGAAAAUUUCAUAUCACCUGUAAACAAACUUUUAUAUUUGCCUAAAAAUAUUAAAAUAAUAAAGAAAUUUACAUCAAUGAAUAAUAUUCAAUUAUUAAAACUCCCGGCAAAUUGUUCAGUAUUACCAUGGGAAUAUAAUGGUAAUAGUAAUAACAGUAAUAUAAAUAAACUACUAUCUUUAGAUGAAAUUAAAUCCCUGAAUAAAUUCAAUUCAAAAACAAUGAAAAAAUUUAAACAACAAAAUGCUGUAAAAUUAAAUUUAUUAAAAAGUCAUUUCUUAGCAAAUGAAUAUGAUUUACAAAAUAAGUCCAAUAUAUAUCAAUUAUUAAAAUUACAUCAAAAUAAUUUUACUACUAAUUUUCAAUUAAGUAGUAAUGUUAAACUAUUACAAUUACCACAUUUAUAUCAUUCAAUUGAAAGACAAUAUCCUGAUCAUAAAACUGAUAAUAAAAUUUCUAGCAAUGACAAUAUAACUUCAAGAGAAGCAUACCAUUCAAAUUUAAAAAAAACUAAAGACUGUAAAUCAACAUCAAAUGAAUAUACAUUACAAAUAUUAACAUAUCCAAUGAAUAAUGAAGAACAGCCUACGUUAAAUGAUAUUUUAUGGGUAUUGGAAACAACUAAAGAAAAUAUUAAACCUAUUUCUGUGGAAAAUUUUAACGUACCACAAUGUAAAUUUGAUUCUCCUAUUCAAAAUGAUAAAAAAUCUUAUAAUGAUUGUGGAGUUCAAUUUAAUUUUGUUGAUUAUGGUGAACCUAAUACUCAAAUUGGUUGCAAUACAUUUACUAACUGUAAGAAUGCAGCAUGGCCUUCAGAUUGUGUUGAACAACUGUUGUCCAAUGAUAUUGCACAUGUUACUAAACAAUUUCUAAGUAUACAUGCAUCUGACCUGAUAGAUUGGAAUAAUGAAGAUAAGUAUAUUGUACCAUGUGUUCCACUACACAUUAGUACAUCCAAUAUUUAUGAACAAAAUCAUUGUAAUCUUAUCACAUAUGUGAAUGCACCAGAUAACAAACAACCAAUAGAAAUGAAUAAUACAAUUAGUCCAUCAAAUAUUGUACAUAAUCAAACAUCGUUAAUAGCAAGAUCACAAAUAAAAACUGUAACAACAACGACAACAACAACAACGACGACAACAACAACGAUAACGAACAAUUCAUCUGAGAAUAAACCAGAAUUAUUAAUCAGUGAUUUAGUUACUGCAAAAAUGUUGCAAAAUUCCAAUAUAACAAAUCAAGAUAAUAAACAAUCAAUAAAUAAUGAAAUCACAUCAUUAUUAUCAUGUAAUAAACAAGCAUCAAGUUAUUUUCCUUUAGAUGUAGUAAAAGCAUUAAGUGAAAUUGAUAAUCGUUUAAAUGUGAUUGAUCAAGUUUCAGUUCAACUAGAACAAGAUCAUAAACGUAAUCAAGAACUUCUUGAAACAAUUAUUCAAAUGAAUAAAGAACAAAGCCAAGUUAAUCCAUCUAUUCAGUUAGAUGAAUCAAACAAAAGUGAGGCAACUUCUCAACAACAAAAACUACAAUUACCUGAUGAAUUAAAUUUGAAAGGCGACCAGUUACAUAAUCAAAGACUAAUUGAAAGUAAAAUUAAUCCUAAUGUCCAAAAUCAAGGACAUGAUUGUACAAUUGUAAAACAACAAAUUAAAUCGUCUAAACCAAAUGAAAGAUCACAUUCAAACACUGGUCAUAAUACUGAUGAACGUGAAAAACUUAGAAAAGAAAGACGAGAAGUCUCAAUGACACGUCGUUGUAAUGAAGCUAAACAGUUUGUCAAUGAAAUUUUGUCAGAUAGUAUUUUACCAAAACAAUCAUCACCAUUGUUGGAUCAACCAAUCAUUCCAAAACGUUCAAAUACUCCAAUAAAAAGAGGUCGAAGUCAAACUCACAGUCGUGGUACAUUAAGAGUUCUAAAUCAACGUAGUUUUAAAAACAAUUACAUUAUUCCGUCCAGUCCAAAGCCGCCUACCCCUGUUCGCUUUCAUUGUAACGGAAGAAGUGGAGUUACAGCUAGAGGAGCACGUAACAUCUCAGGAACCAGAAGACAACAAACAAAAAUUGUACAAAAGUCAUCUGUAGUAAAUCAUCCACAUCCUGAUACACCAAAACAACUACCUUAUGAAGAUGACUUACAGACAACAAUUUUAAGCGACUGGUCCCUAGAAAGUAAUGUGAAAAGAAUACUCUAUGGAGAUGAAAAAGAUAGAUUUUGCAGUUCAUCUAGGCCACAAAGUGCCAGUGGGAUUUCUAAUUUUGAUCAGGAGUCACAAAUUCCACAAAGUCCACAUUCCAUGCCAGAAACCGAUCUCCUUACUGAAAUAGGUGGCGUUCCAAGCACCAGCUUUGUUGAUUGGGAUGAGAUCGAUGAACUGAUUGCAUGCUACUUUCCCAAAAAACUUCGAAAUCAGGCUUUUCAAGAUACAUUUUGUGAAAAAAAUUUGGAGUAUUUAUAUUUAUUCAACUAUCAUAUUU